GGGCUGCGCUGCCGGCCGGGGGCUCCCUGCGGGCUCCCCGGCGCUGCUGUGAGGGCAGCGGGGCCGGGCCGAGCCCCUGCGCCAGGCGGGGGAGUGGGCGCUGCUGAGCCGAGUGCGAGACGGCGCCGGGAAGGGGCGGUUCGCGCUGGGCUGAUGCGAAAGGGGAGCGGGGUUAGAUCGAUCGGCCGACACUUGUAAUUGCGAAAAAUGCAAGGAGCUGAACCAAUGACUCUUGGCUCCCCGACAUCUCCAAAACAAGGAACUAGCGCUCAGUUUCUCCCAGGGUUUUUGAUGGGUGACCUACCUGCACCAGUGACUCCGCAGCCACGUGCUUUAUACGGCCCUUCAGUUGGUGUCAUGGAAACAAGGUCUCCACUGCUUACAGGAGGGUCUCCCCCACAACCAGUAGUCCCUUCACAUAAGGAUAAAGGUGGUGCUCCACCAGUUAGAAGCAUAUAUGAUGAGUUAUCUAGUCCUGGGCUUGGAUCAACACCUCUGUCCUCAAGAAGAACAGCCAGCUUUACUUUAACACAGAGCCCAUCAGUUGGAAUUCUGCCAUCAACUCCGGGAGCAGCCUCGAGCAUGUUCAGUCCUGCAAGUAUUGGGCAGCCUAAGAAGACUACUCUAUCUCCUGCUCAGCUGGAUCCUUUUUAUACUCAAGGUGAUUCCCUUACUUCAGAAGAUCAACUUGAUGACACAUGGGUAACUGUAUUUGGAUUUCCUCAAGCAUCAGCUUCGUAUAUUCUACUACAGUUUGCUCAGUAUGGAAACAUAUUAAAGCAUGUGAUGUCCAACACAGGAAACUGGAUGCAUAUUCGAUAUCAGUCUAAGCUUCAAGCCCGGAAAGCCUUAAGCAAAGAUGGAAGAAUUUUUGGUGAAUCUAUCAUGAUUGGUGUCAAACCUUGUAUAGAUAAAAGUGUGAUGGAAAACUUUGAAAGAAGCUCUACGUCCUCAAUGUCUUCGAUUUUCACUCCACCUACAAAAUCUGCUGGCACACCAACACAGCCUGCAAAUAAUACUGCAAGGAUUUCUACCAUGAGACCUCUUGCAACAGCAUAUAAGGCUUCCACUAGUGACUAUCAGGUGGUUUCUGACAGACAAACUCCUAGGAAAGAUGAAAGUAUUGUAUCUAAAGCAAUGGAAUAUGUUUUUGGCUGGUAAUGUACAAGAGGAAGUAACACACUAAGCUGGACAGGGUUUGAACUAUGCUACUGGCAUUUGUAGUUAGUUGUAUAACUACUGGUGGCAGUAUUUUAUCUUACACAGUACCUGUUAUGCCUUCAGUUUAUUCAGAAGACAUGUAGCCUGCACUUUAAAUGAUGGUGGUGUACACAUGGUUUUACAGACUGAGUAAGUGUAAAUAAAAGUGCUUUAUCCCUGUU